AUGGCGAAGAGCCCCUGCCUGCGUUGGCAGAAGGUGGAAGCAGCAUGGAAGGUGGUUCGGGCGGCAAACAAGAAGGCAACCUCAGGGCAACCCUUUUGGAUACAGGAUGCGGUGCUUGCUGCUGAGCACUACUGCGUGAUCAGAUCUGUGCCCAACACCAGUUCGGAGGUAGCGGAGACAGGGACGCACUCGACUCCUCGGAAUCUCUUGGGUUCGUGUGGGAAGCACAAGCCUUCAUCACAAGAGCCGCACCCAGUGCUGCUGACGUUGUUCGUGGCAAUGCCGGCAUCUGUCCCCAAGGCUCAGUUCGAGUGCAUCACCAAAAUCUUCGGCGCUUGA